AUGGCUCUGCCAAGGUCAGUUACACAGCGGGACAAGAAGAUACAUCAUUUAUUGUCUGCUAAUUUCGUCAGGCCCAUCGCUCAACUUUCUCAUCCGGAACUUACAGGGUGACAUGCUCUUCAUAUAACCCCUUCUACACAGACUCAAAGUCCAAGGAAGAACUCCCGACCUAUAUUCAAAGUAUUGGGAACAAAACACGCCUUCCACCCGAGAAAAUUCCAAAUAUCCAAUCGUCAUACCCAAAGCGCUUCUGGUCAACAUUGGCAACCAUAACGAGCUCCAUUGGAUACCUUCUCCUACUCAGGCAGCGUCUUCUCGUAAGUGAACUCAAUUUCGUCCCCUCACUUUGUCAAAACUAGCAAUUUGGUCCUAACUCUACAUACUUACUACACCCAAAUCUAAUUCAACAGAGUUCCACGAAAAGUACCUUUGGGGCUGGUAUGGCGAACUCUGGUGUCUUGCUUUAGCAACGAUUCCGUGGUUCAUCAGAAUGCUGUACCUCGGAAUACUAGACGAUCCAGAGGAGCAGAGACUCGUGAGGAUAAGGGAUUUCCAUGUCCUGAAGCAAGGACAUGUCUUGGGUGAUCCGGAGAAGUGUAAAGAUAGUAUGCGGCUCCGUGUUCCCGACGAAAAUGGAGCCUUCAUCGAAUGA